AUGAUCCGGGACAAGGCUCUUCGCAGCUCCUGGGCUCGGAAGAUGAAGGAGCGUCAGGAGAAGAAGCUGGUCCAGGACCUGGCUCGGCAGCUGCAGGAGGGGAAGCAGAGGGAGCGAGAGGAGAAGAAGCGGCGGCGGGAGGAGAACAUGAAGCGGCGGCUGGAGAAUGAGCGGAAGGCGGAGAUAGUGCAAGUGAUCCGGAACCCUCUGAAGCUGAAGCGAGCCAAGAAGAAGCAGCUGAGGCGGGUGGAGAAGAGGGACACACUGGCCCUGCUCCAGAAGACACCCGUGAGGAGCAAACCAGCCACGGAAUGA